UUGAGUUAGGUUAGAACUUUGCCAAAUGACACAUGGUUAAAUUGACCUAUAGUCAUGCAAAUAUUUUAUUUGUAUUUGGAAGGUUUUAUGUUUUGUGAACAGAAUACUUGAGAGGGGAAAAACAACCCCAUUGAGUGAUGGCAGUCAUGGCAACUUUAAAGUCCACUCAGAUCACAUCCCAUUAUGUUUGCAAUAGCCUACGAUUUUAAGAGAUAUGUAUAGUUUAUUGCUUAUCUCAGACAUAAUAUUUGGAGUUUAGACAUUAACCGUAAUAAUGAUCUGUACAGUAGCCGAGCUGAGACUAAAUGUCUUUACAGUAGAAUCUGAACCAGAAGAUACAGCAGCUAAAUAGCCUACGUUUGGAUUGAAUGGGAUUUGCGGGAGAUUUGCAGUGGAACGCUGUUUUAUAAUGAAUGGGGUUUUAUUGGUGCGCGUGCUUCUAUAAUAAAUUACGUAGGUGACUGGAGCUGGUUCUUUGACGCGGCGUGGCCUGCGGUUGACGGUGAAGACGGACUCAUGUAGACCACAAGUGUCCUCAGGCACACGGUGAUGAUAACCUUAUUAUUUUUACCAAGUAUACUUUUCUGGUGACUUUAGCGGCGUGGCCGCUAUUUAAUUCCCUAUAUUUCAUAUAUUUAAUUCCCUAUAGUUAUCCUUGCUGCGAAAAUGACGUUCAGCCCAGGCUACGGUAGAGUGCUAACCGCAUCGGAUGGAGCCCUCUUCUUCUCAGUCCCAAACAUCGGUCAAUCCGAUGCACCAUUUCCUUAUGUUGAGGCCCCAGUUGAUGGAUUCUGACAUGGACUAUGAGAGGCCAAAUGUUGAGACUAUCAAGUGUGUGGUGGUAGGGGACAACGCUGUUGGGAAGACCCGCCUUAUCUGUGCCCGGGCCUGUAAUGCCACACUCACUCAGUACCAAUUGCUUGCUACACAUGUACCCACUGUCUGGGCCAUAGACCAGUACAGAGUUUGCCAGGAGGUUCUGGAGCGAUCUAGGGAUGUGGUGGAUGAGGUCAGUGUGUCGCUGCGGCUCUGGGACACUUUCGGGGACCAUCACAAGGACCGACGCUUUGCGUAUGGAAGGUCGGAUGUGGUGGUUCUGUGUUUCUCCAUCGCCAACCCCAACUCCUUGUACCAUGUGAAGACCAUGUGGUACCCUGAGAUCAAACACUUCUGCCCCCGGGCUCCAGUCAUCCUGGUGGGCUGCCAGCUGGACCUGCGCUACGCUGACCUGGAGGCAGUCAACCGGGCACGACGGCCACUAGCAAGACCCAUUAAAUACAAUGAGAUUCUACCUCCAGAGAGGGGCCGUGAGGUGGCCAAAGAGCUGGGAGUGCCGUACUAUGAGACCAGCGUUGUGGCUCAGUUUGGAGUAAAGGACGUAUUUGAUAACGCCAUCCGGGCCGCCCUAAUCUCACGACGUCACCUGCAGUUCUGGAAGUCACACCUGCGCAACGUGCAGCGGUCUCUCCUCCAGGCCCCCUUCCUGCCUCCCAAACCCCCACCACCCAUCAUCACUGUGCCACCUCCCCCCACCACCACUGAGGAGCAUCCUGUCCGUCUUCUAGAGGACCCCCUGUGUUCCGAUGUCAUCCUGGUCCUACAGGAGAAGCAGAGAAUCUUCGCCCACAAGAUCUACUUGGCCACGUCCUCCUCCAAGUUCUAUGACCUCUUCGUCCUGGACGCCCGGUCUGAGGAGACCGAGCGGCCCCCUCGCGCCACUGCUCUGUCUGGCCGUGAGAUGCUGAUGCGUGCUGCCAGCUUCGAUGUAUGUGAGAGCCCUGACGAAGGUGACAGGGCCAACCUACGGGCCUGCACCAGUGACGGCACCCUGAGGGAAUCUGAAGGGGGCCGGAGGGGCAGACUGCUGUCUACCUGGAGCAGGGCUUUUGUCAGCAUCCAGGAGGAGCUGGUGGAUGACCCAGUGACCUACAGCCCCAGGCCUAUGACCGUGGUGCACAUGGACCAGUCCAUGCAGCUGGGGCCCUUCCGCGCUGUGCUGCGCUACCUGUACACUGGUCAGCUGGAUGAGCACGAGAAGGAGCUAAUGCACAUCGCACACAUUGCUGAGCUUCUGGAGGUCUUUGACCUGCGCAUGAUGGUGGCCAAUAUCCUUAACAACGAGUCCUUCAUGAACCAGGAAAUCACAAAAGCCUUUCAUGUACGGCGCACCAACAGAGUCAAAGAGUGCCUGGCCAAAGGCACCUUUUCUGAUGUAGUGUUCAAGCUGGAUGAUGGAACGAUCAUGGCCCAUAAGCCCUUGCUCAUCUCCAGCUGUGACUGGAUGGCAGCUAUGUUUGGGGGGCCCUUUGUGGAGAGCUGCACCAAAGAAGUGCUGUUUCCUAACACGACUCGCAGCUGUAUGAGGGCUGUGCUGGAGUACCUGUACACUGGGCGUUUCUGUUCCCGCACUGACCUGGAUGCCAUGGAGCUCAUUGUUCUUGCCAACCGUCUUUGCCUCCCACACCUAGUUGCACUAACAGAACUCUAUACAGUGACAGUCCUGAUGGAGGCUGCUAUGAUGGGGGCUGAUAUUGACGGAGAUGUGCUGUUAUACCUGGAGAUGGCUCAGUUCCAUUGUGCCCAACAGCUAACUGGCUGGUGCCUUCACCACAUCUGCACCAACUAUAAUAGUGUGUGCCGCAAGUUUCCUCGAGACAUGAAGGCCACGUCUACAGACAACCAGGACUACUUUGAGAAGCACCGCUGGCCACCAGUGUGGUUCCUGAAGGAGGAUGACCACUACCAGAGAGCAAGGAAGGAGCGGGACAAGGAGGACUACUUGUACCAGAGGAGGCAGUGUAAACGCAAGUGGCUCUUCUGGAACUUUCCCUCUUCUCCCUCUGCCAACUCCGCCUCUUCUGGUUCCAAUGCUGUCGUCUGAUUGGCACUCAGGUUACAGGCAAGGCCCUCUGUGGGGAUCUGUAGAGAUGGCUUGGGAAAGUGGAGAAUCAGCACUGUUGGCCAGACGCUAGGCCCACUCAUUCAGGCCCUCACCUCUCCCUCCCUCAUUUCUGUUUUGCAUCUGCAGCCAAGCUACACUCCCCCAGGUUUGCAGGCUCAGCUAAAUCCGAUAAUGAACGUAAUUAGUCUCUUUCUUUUUGUGUUAGCAUAUCCAUGCAAAGACAAUGAAGCUAAAACCUUAAAGAUCAGUGACUUAAACCUUAUGAACAAGGCAAGGUAGAUGGUGCUGGUGACUGCUCAAUAUGUUGUUGAUAUUCCUGCAUACACCACCAGGGGGAGAACUGAGCAAGUUAUGAAGGGGCUUGGCUUCAAGGUAUAGAACUGUGAUCCUAAGCUCAUGAUAACCAUUGACUGACUUGAAUUGACAUCCAAGUGCUUAUCAGCUGCAACAGACAUAGCAAAGACCAAUAACCAGCAAAGUAACACAGAAAUCAAAUCUCAGUGAUAACACUUUCUUGCCCUUAAGUGUUUGCACAAUCUACCAAACCAGGAUGUGUACAGUACAAUUAUAAUCACUCAACCAGAAAUAUCAACAAAAUGCAUUAGGUCUGCAUUAAGAUGAAUCUAUUCAAGUCAUAUAGGACAUCCCCUUAGAUCAUCUGCCUACUGGAAACCACUAAGUCUGUACAGAAUUACGACUUAAAUGACAACAGCGGAGAUUUGACUCCUGUCCUCUUUUGUACAGUUAUUGUAUCUUGCAUUUUUCUGUACAACUUGCACAGCUGACAUUGAUGUGAGUGUAUACACGACCCCUGUGUUGUGACGUAUGGCUACAUGUCAGAAAAGGGCUUUCUUUUACACAGCCACGUUUGUCUUUUGACAAGAUGCAAGAGAACCUGAAUCACAGAGUAUUGUUCAGCAUUUGCUUUUGAAACGCCAACAAACAUAAACAAAGCUCACCACACUGUGUUGCAACAAUGGAAUAGCUUUGCACUACCAAGUUUCCUUUUCCUUAAAAUCGGCAAUUGUACCUUAUCAGGACAGUCUGAUAUAAUUAUCCACGUAUCUUGGACCCCACAGCUUUAUGGUGAAUGCCACUAUCAACCGGACCAUUCCACAUUAUAGCAAUGGAUCUGGUGCAUUUCAGAAACCAAUAGGCCAACACUUGGACUUGGAGAAUCCACAUGUACAGCAGUUCCCCUCUUGGACGGUGGUGUCUUAGGCUUGUCUGUCUGUAAUGGCAGUGACCUUGCCUUUUAGAAGUUUGACAUUAUGCUUAUAGGGUAUCCCUGUGAUUGCAUGUCAUUGGUCAUUUCAGACGUACACAUACAGGAGACUGUCUCGUGUCUGGGUCUCAUCAUUCAUCUAUAAACUCCUCCUCACACCCUGCUACUGGACUCUUCUCAAGAGAGGUGAGAGCACCACCUGUAUGUAUCAGCAUUCUGAUGAGAAGAGCACUGAGGCCAUUACACUACUGGACACACAUGUCUGACAAGCUUCAAACAGUCUAAAUGAGCUUGGAGAGAUGAUCAUAGGAUGAGAAAAAUAACAGCACUACAAGACAAUCCUCGGUGUACGCUGAAGAGAUAUCUGAAGAGGAUGUUUAUAUCCCUGUUGUAAUUUUAACCAACGACAACCCACAGUAUUGUUUUGAUUUAAAUGCAUGGUGCUCAUUCAUUAUUGUGAGUAUUUACAGCAGGUGUAUAUCAAAAGUGGAUCACCGAUUUCUAGCAACACUUUACAUGAAGUUGUCCCCAUUGCAGUGCCCUGGAAUUACUAUGGAAUGCCGGUGGUGACCAGAAUUAAUAACAAAACUUGACUUGUUUCACACACAUAAUUAUGAAUGCUGCUAACUUAUCAAUGAAAUUGAAAAUCCAUGUUGGUUUGUGCUAUUUGGGCAACUUAUUGUAAGGUGUGAUAGUCUAGUAGAUUUUGUUUGUUUUAUGGAUAGUUUUUUUCAGAUUUCUCCAGUGCUUGUGCUGACCUCCGGUUACAUGUAUGGUAUGCAGGCAAACUGCUUUCAGAUCAAAAGAAGUGGCUCUAUGGCUUGAGAAGGAAAAUAUGACAUGGAGCACCCUUCUAGCCAAUAUACAUUAUUGUGAAGAAUUUACUUGUAAUAUAUAUAUAUAUAUAUAUAUAUAGAAAUAAUAGAUUGUAGACAUAGCUUUUUGUAAGAUAAUGUAAGUUACUUGUAGGAUAUUGUUCUCCUUCAUGCACUUAGAAAAUAUAGCCUACAUCCUUUAUGACAUCACUAAAACGAGCUUCACAGUAAUUUAAAUACCAUGAAUCCACUUAACAUGAUAUCUCAGAAUGUUGUUUAAAUGCUCAAUUAUACAAAUAGACUGCAUGUACAAGGCUCAUAUAGAUGUGUAAUCUGUCAUUUAAGGUAUAGAUUAUGGCAGUGCAGGAGCACAAGGCAGUAGCUUUACAUUUUUAGAUCAAGUUCAUAUGUGAUUUGUUGCUAUAAUCUAAUUGAAAAAGGCAGGUUUGACAUGUGUAUCUUGUAAAAGGAUGAAUCACUUGGCAUACCAUCCCAACUCCUAAUCACUUGGGUCAUUCUGUAUUGCACUGGACAUCCGAGUAUGUAAGCUUGUUUAGUCGUCAAUGUUCUGUUUCUACCAAGUAGUGACAUUAUUUUAAUGUUUUGGAAUUGUUUGUCUGUAAAAUGGUUUUGUUGUGUUUUGUCAAAUUGGUAAAUGCAUCAAUGAACCACUGUCUCAUUUUGAAAUAUUGUAUUAAUCAUAUAUUUUAUCAAAUUUACCCUUAGAAGAUUUAUGUUUUGAUUCAGACCUUUGUUUUUUGUUUUUUUCAGUUUUGUCCAUUCCACUUGACAAUCCGCAUUGACAUGCUGUGGUUGAAAUGCAUUUGAGUAUAUCUCAAUUAGCCCUCUUCUGCUAAUGCACUGCAUCCAAGAAGACACCUCAUGCCUUAAUGUAUAGUGUGUGAGAGACAUUGAAUGUAGAUAUUGUUACUGUGGUCACUAGUUUGUGUGUACUAAAGAUGUGUCAAUGUACCAUGGUACUGAAGGCUUUGUUUUUGUGUAAGUGUACAUAUCUGAGUGUGGCAUUAAUGUGUGUACACUUGAAAGCAUCAUGAGCCUGUGCUUUUGUUAGUUUAGACAGUGUUUUGGUUGAAUAUUUUCAUGCUCUGAAUGGAAUGUUUAGUAGUAAACCACUUUUCACCACACCAAUAGACUAACACGACGACAAGCCCACUCUAGGGAACACAUUAAUCAAUUCCAAAAGUCAGCACAUCCCCAUCAAAUUAAUGCAGAGAAUACCAAUUCUAAUUUGUUUUCUGAUCAUUAACUUCACUAUGGAGAAAUAUCAGUAUUAUCAUUACAAUGGAUGGCAUUGACUUGGUGUGGGAAUUAGAAGUUGGGAUUAUAAAUCAAAAACAUAGAUAAUGGCCAAUUGUUUUACAACUGUUAUAAUGUGGCCGAGCUGUACAUAUUUCAGCAUAGAUACUGGCUGAUUUUGUACACUAUACAGGACAUAGGCACACCAGUGUCGUUUAAACCAGAAAUGCACAUUGCAUUAUGUAGACUGAGAGCCUUAGCUCAUAUUCUUAGAUGAGUAGGCAACCUCAGGUGUUAAUUGCAAAUAUAUUAUGACUAGAUAAAAAAAAAAGUUAACUCAGAACUUUUAAAGCCCUUUUCCAUGUGUUUAGGUGCUAUAUCACCGCUGCAGAGAAGCACAAACCAAAGGGAGCUUGUAGCAGUACCAGGACACCAUUCUGCUGCACAAUCAGUUGCAUAGUUAUAAACAAGACUUGUAUUGAAUGGUUGAAUUCAAAACUUGAAUCUUUUCUCAGUGUUUAUAGCCUGGUCUGACAUUUUUGCUCGUCAACAGGUAUUUAUUUUUGUUGUUCUGGAGAGAUACAGAUGUUUGUAUUGUUUGUUAGGAGCUGGAGAUCUUGAGUUCUGUAGCAUGUGUUCUUGAAAUGUGUAAAUAGUGUUUAUGUAAUAAAUAUAAAGUAGCAGCCUGCA